ACGUGCAGCUCAGUGCUCGCUCGGAGAGCGCCUUGCUCCUGCCUCCUCGCCUUUCAUAGGACCUCUGUUGACCCGCCUCGGCCCGUAGGCCUUAUUUAAGACCCGCAUUUCGAGGAAGAUAUGGCGGGCAGAAUUUCACGAUCCAUCUCCAAUCAAGCGUACCUGGCGAGCAAGAGAUCCAAUGAAGAGGCAGGCAAGGGAGCUGGUAUCUCCAGUCUUCCAGAAACAAAGAGCAUCAAGGAACCAGGAAGAAGCAAAAGAAAGCAUGUGAAAAUUGUCCAUGAUGAUUCGGCCCAUUCUUGCACUGCCAUUGCCACAGAAGAGAAGAAGGAAAAGUGGGAACCUGAAAACUGGCAGGAAGUACUGGAUAAUAUCAGGGAAAUGAGAAAAGACCGGACUGCUCCAGUGGAUACGAUGGGUUGUGAGAAGUGUGGUGAUGAAACAGCAGAACCAAAGGUUUAUAGGUUCCACACAUUGGUCUCUCUCAUGCUGUCAAGCCAAACCAAGGACACCGUGACCCAUGCAGCCAUGCAAAAACUGAGAGCCCAAGGACUCACGGUACCAAAGCUUUUGGCGAUGGACCCUGAUACGCUUGGUAAACUCAUAUAUCCUGUUGGAUUUUGGAAGCGAAAAGUGGAGUACCUGAAGAAGACAGCACAGAUCCUGAAGGAUCAAUAUGACGAAGACAUCCCCAAUACAGUUGAGAGUCUUCAAAGCCUGCCUGGUGUCGGUCCAAAGAUGGCCCACCUUUGCAUGGAUAUAGCAUGGGGGAAGCUUUCUGGAAUUGGUGUGGACACCCAUGUGCAUCGGAUAUCCAAUCGCCUUAAGUGGGUGAAGAAACCAACAAACAACCCUGAGGCCACCCGAAAAGGCCUUGAAUUUUGGCUCUCUGUUGACCUUUGGUCAGAGAUCAAUUGGCUUCUCGUGGGAUUCGGUCAAGAAAUUUGCACACCUGUCAGCCCCAAGUGCAGCCAGUGUCUUAACAAAAGCCUCUGUCCAUUUGGACGAAGCAGUCUUCGCUCCCAAAAGAAGUCUCCUGGGGUUCCUUUGAAUCUUGAUUCAUAAAAAUGGAUCCAUAUGAUAUUCAGCUUUAUUGUUAUUUUCCUGCAAGCC